UCAUAUUCUAAGGCAAGAACUACGAACGUGUGAAGUAGGGAAUAAAUCUCGCAGGGAACGUGGACCAGACCUUCAUCACUCGACUCCACUUCACUUCAUUCAUUAUCCCAGAGCCGAGUUCUCCCCCAGGCCACUGCAAGGAUCGCUUUCUUGUAUCCGGCACCACCUCGCUUGAUAACAGGGAAAAUGCAAGGAGCUCUUCAAUCAUUUUCAUCUUGUGGAAACAUUGUAAAAAAUACAGUUCUGAAACACUUCCGUCUCAUGAAUCCACUGAUGCAACCUGUUAUGUUCUCACGCUUUCAGUCAAUAACACCUGCUCGAAUGGAAGAGCAUGGUUUUGAGAGCACUACAAUUGCUGAUGUCUUGAAAGCGAAAGGUAAAAGUGCUGAUGGCUCUUGGCUUUGGUGCACUAUGGAUGACACUGUUUACAAUGCUGUUGAGUCGAUGACACAGCACAAUGUUGGAGCCUUGGUGGUAGUGAAACCUGGAGAGCAGAAAUCAAUUGCAGGAAUCAUUACAGAGAGAGAUUAUUUAAGGAAAAUUAUAGUGCAGGGAAGAUCAUCCAAAUCAACCAAGGUUGGGGAUAUUAUGACUGAAGAGAACAAGCUUAUCACAGUAACACCUGAUACAAAAGUUCUGCGUGCAAUGCAACUGAUGACAGAUAACCGAAUCAGGCACAUUCCAGUCAUAGAUGAAAAUGGGAUGAUGGGGAUGGUGUCCAUUGGAGAUGUGGUCCGUGCUGUGGUGAGUGAGCAUCGGGAGGAGCUAGACCGCUUGAAUGCUUAUAUACAAGGAGGAUACUAGAUGACAUAUGACAAUGGUGUUGAUGCACUUACUUGGAAGCAUUGCCUGCUCCAUGAGCACUAAUAAGCUUUAACUGCUUGUAAAUAUAUGUUUUAUGGGUCUCUUUGUUUCAGAUGUGGAUGUAUGAAUGGUACAAACUACCUGCAUAUGGUCGAGUGGAAGACAAGCUGAUAAUAAGUACUGGAAUUUUUCUUGAAACUCUGUUUUCAAUUCAUAGCUUAGUGCGUGUUGCAAGCGACACGGCAGAUGCUUUUGACUUCA